AUGUCUUCCAAAACCAUUCGAGUUGCGUUGGUUGGGCUGUCAGCCAACGCAACUACAUCGUGGGCCGCGGCAGCUCAUCUGCCAUACCUUCAAUCCACUCGAGGCCAGACUCAGUAUAAAAUUGUCGCUCUUCUCAACUCUAGCAAAGAGGCAGCCGAAAAGGCUCGAUCUCACUUCAAUCUGCCCUCGACAGUCAAGGCAUAUGGAGACCCCGCCCAGCUCGCCGCAGAUGAUGAAGUCGACCUUGUUUCAGUUGUUACUCGGGUCGAUAAGCACUAUUCCGCUGCCGAGCCUUCUAUCAGAGCGGGAAAGUCUGUGUACGUGGAAUGGCCACUUACUGAGAGCUUGAAGCGGAGCGUCGCUUUGGUGGGUGAGAAUAAGGGCCGCGACACGAGCAUCAUCGGCCUGCAAGGGAGACUCUCGCCAGUAGCAUCCAAGGUCAGGGAAGUUGUGGCAUCUGGCAGAAUUGGAAAAGUCCUUGAUAGCCAAGUUCGUGGCUUCAGUGCUAUGGGACACGGCAAACAACCGGGAACGCUGGUUGAAGGUGGCACGGAGGACAUGUUUACGGAACGAGCGAUUGGAGGCAACCACUUUUCCAUUUUGUAUGCUCACAUGAUUGACCUUGUGCACUCUGUGCUGGGAGAGUUCAAGGACUUCCAGAGCAAGCUCCAAAUCCGAUGGCCAGAAGUCGAAAUCGUCGAUAAGGAUGGCGUGAAACUACGUACACGACAAAGUGAUAUCCCAGAUCUAAUCAAUGCCCAAGGAGAACUUGCUCCGGGGGUUGCAAACAUACAGGAGGGUGCAACUCUGUCCGCGUUCUUCAGAAGCGGUCCAACGUUCAAGGGCGAAUUGCCAUACACAUGGUACAUCCAGGGUGAAAAAGGAGAGUUGAAGAUCACCAGCCCGAUUGGACCAAUUCUCCAAGCGGCCACUGUUCCUGCUGUCAAGAUUGAGCUUCACGACACCAUUACAGACGAGGUGAUGGAAAUCCCAUGGGAGUCUGAGUGGAAGGAUUUUCAGAAAGAAUUGCAGGUGCCAGGAGGGAAACUGGUGGGAGAGAUGUAUAACAGAUAUGCCCAGUGGUACCAGCAGAGUGACAAGGAGGCGGCUCCGGUGGGAGGAGACUGGCCGAGGCUGGAGGAUGCCAUUCGUAGACACGAAGAGCUUGACAAGAUGCUGAAUGACUUUGACAGGUCGAAAUAA